AUGCCCGAACACCCGCGUUUUAGGUUAAACAAAGAGGUAAAAAGUCAACCGUUGGGUUCCUGUCACCGAAAUUUAUUUGACGGUGAAGUGUAGAUGUACAUCUGAAAACCCCUUUCCUUCUUCCUUCCUUACAUUAAAAAGAACAGAGAGCCGCAAAGAGCGGGGGUUCUACUAAGGUGGGUCUAGGGCAAUUGGUAGCAGCAGUACACUACCAGUAGUGGCUUGCUCGUCGGCGUAUCUCGAUCUCGGUCAUUUGGUGGCUCUUCUUCUCCAGUGAUGAGCUGAAGAACGAGAAUGGGGGAGAGUUCGAAGAGAGGAGGGCUCCCAACCAUGAGGGGUGGGGGUCGAGGUCAGGUGGGCGGCUCGAGGUUGCGGCAGAUCCAGAAGACGUUCAACAACCUAAAGAUCACUAUCCUCUGUGGUUUUGUGACCAUCCUUGUCCUCAGAGGAACCAUCGGAGUCGGCAACUUGGGGGGCGGAGGCGGAGAUGCUGAGACGAGCCAGAACAUAAUUGAGGAGACGAAUCGCAUUCUGGAGGAGAUCAGAUCUACUGCUGACCUCGAGGAAGAUGCUGCUGAGAUCAACCCUAACAUAACAUACACCCUUGGCCCCAAGAUCUUAGAUUGGGAUCAGAAGCGCAAGGCGUGGCUCAAUGAGCACCCGGAAUUUCCCAAUUUCUUGGCCGGUGGCAGGCCGAGGAUUCUCCUGGUGACUGGGUCGCAGCCCAAUCCCUGCGAUAACCCCAUCGGGGAUCACUAUCUGCUCAAGGCUGCGAAGAACAAGAUCGACUACUGCCGGUUGCAUGGGAUCGAGAUCGUGUACAACAUGGCCCAUCUCGACAGAGAGCUCGCUGGCUACUGGGCCAAGCUGCCCCUCAUCCGACGGCUGAUGCUCUCGCAUCCGGAAGUGGAGUGGAUCUGGUGGAUGGACAGUGAUGCCAUGUUCACGGACAUGGCCUUUGAGAUCCCUCUCUCUCGCUACAACGACUACAACUUCGUCCUCCACGGCUACAAGGAUCUUGUCUUCAACCAGAAGUCAUGGAUCGGGCUUAACACCGGGAGUUUUCUCUUUCGCAACUGCCAGUGGUCCCUCGAUCUCCUUGAUGCCUGGGCCCCCAUGGGGCCCAAGGGUGUGAUCAGGGAUGAGGCCGGGAAGAUCCUGACCGCCAAUUUGAAGGGGCGCCCUGCUUUUGAGGCCGACGAUCAAUCUGCUCUCAUAUACUUACUCAUAUCGAAGAAGGAUGAGUGGGCAGGGAAGGUGUUUUUGGAAGAGUCCUAUUAUCUCCACGGUUACUGGGCGGGGCUGGUGGACAGGUAUGAGGAGAUGAUGGACAAGUAUCAUCCUGGUUUGGGCGACGACCGAUGGCCGUUUGUGACACAUUUCGUUGGGUGCAAGCCUUGCGGUAGCUAUGGGGAUUACCCUGUGGAGAAGUGUAUGAGUAGCAUGGAGAGGGCCUUCAAUUUUGCCGAUAAUCAGAUUCUUCAGAUAUAUGGCUUUGCUCACAGGGCCCUCUCAUCGGCCAAGAUCAAAAGGAUCAGGAAUGAGAGUGCGUCACCUUUGGAGGUCAAGGACCCACUUAACCUAAGGCAUCCCACAAUUACUGGGUCGCAAAACCAAUGAGGUUUGGGAUUUUUUAUUUUUUUACCUUCAUAGUCGACAUGAAUGGACAGAGGGUCUGGCAUGUUGUCUCCUUUGUGUUUGAUACGAUUUGUAUGUCUAUCUUCUAUCUAUGUAUCUGCAGGUAUAAAAAUUUCUGUUGUAGGCAGCUUUCAAAUUUGUAGCAUCUCGAGAAUUUCUUGUGUAUUGAUCAGUCAAAUGAUCCUGUAACUGUUAUUGCUCAGCAAGAGAAAUCUAAUCAUUUUUUCUCUGAGUUCA